CCUACCUGGAGUCUGGCUAUCACCAUCACCAACAGUCAAUGCCACCGUGACCGAUGCCACUGGCAGCAGGCAACUGCUGUACCUAGCAAGGGUCAGCGAACCUUCAACCGCUCAGACACAUUCUAGAUGGCACCAUCGUACUGCGUUGAGACUGUAGCUGAAGAACUACCGCUCCCCUACUUCCCACUGCGCCUCCCAGCGCCUCACUGGACCAGGAGUAACAAUGCGUUGCCUCCUCCCUUCCAAUCAAAGGUGUCAUCAACAGCCAAAUAAUGAGGGGAGACUGAUUCUGGUGCAGAGAGGCUUACUCUAGGCUCACAAGGCCAAGCUGUUGGGCAACCUCGCAGGUCCGGUCGCACCACUCUGAGGCCGCGGUCUAUGCACAGCCGGCACUUUCCUGAGCAUACCAGGGGUCGGACGACUUCCUGAGGCUUGACACAGCCGCCCUCCAGCGAUUGUAGAAACCUAGGUGUCUAAACCAUGCAAGGCGUCUACAGAUACGGCCAAAGCACAAUGCCUUUCCCACCCUGCUGAGUCCAAUAUGCGGCUGAUCUGAAAUCCUCCUACGUUUUCUGGCUUUCCCCACUUCAAUUUCCUAUGCCACCUCAUUUUCCUUCUUCAACCUACACCGCAUCUUAUUAUCAGCUGACGGUCCAAUUUCCUUCAUGCUGGUCAAUAGUUAGGAUGGUCGUUUAAUCGACAGAGUUCCCAACUUCCCACCUUGAAAGUUCGGCCAGCAGCUCAGCUGCUCUCACAGGAGCUCUACUCUAGUUUCAAUGGAUCCACUCAGCGCGAUCGGGCUAGCGAGCAAUAUCCUCAGCUUUAUUGAUAUCUCCGGCAGGGUCCUGAAGGACAUUUUCGAGGUAUACAACUCGGCAACUGGAGCUACUAUUGAAAAUGCUCACAUCGCGAUCGUGGUCGGCGAUCUGGUGGAAGUGACUGGAUAUCUCACUCAAGAACACCAUACAGACAACAAACAUUCGAAGGCUCUUUGUGACCUGGCAAAAAAGUGCUCGGUAUUGUCAGCGGAGCUCUUACAGCUACUGGGGAAGCUUCAGCAUGGGGAGAAAAGGUCGAAAUGGAGGAACAUCAAAGUGGGAGUGAAGAGUGUCUGGAAACGGUCAGAGAUUGCAUCAAUCGAGCAGAGGCUGGAUAAGUAUCGCUCCGAGUUCAUCCUGCGCCUCAUUUUCAUGUUCAAUGACGAGCAAUCAACCAUCAAAACCCAACUAGACACCAUCCAACAGGACCGUUCGAAGGUCGGUGCCCAGAGAGCCGACCAGCUCGGCAAACUACGAGAUGACGUGCGGGAGGCCUUGCAAAAGCUAUCGCAACAGGGCCAGACGGUCCGUGAUAGCGCACGUGUCGCCGACUCUAGCACGGCCACUACACUGGCAGAGAUCCGCUCCUCACUGGCCGAGCUCCUAAAGACAGCGAGAGACAUGCCUUCGGAGACUCAAGUUCUUCGUCGCCUCUAUUUCAGUUCUAUGUACACCCGGGAGGAUUCUGUUGUAAAUGCCUCAGAUGGGACAUUUUCCUGGCUAGUUGAGGCAAAUACAGAAUCUGAAUUUGGCGAGGAUGUCUACGAGCUGGAUGACGUGAGCUUGAAAAGACGCGACCCAAGCCCUCCCCCUGACCCGGAAACAACUGAACUGGGAGGAUGGUCUCCUGGUCAGCACACCAGGGUUUUGCAAAGCAACAACCCAAGCGCUGGAAAGGACGGCCAUAGCGGUCGCGGUUCCGAACUAAGCGCGCCCACGACGGCACGCUCGAGUUACAGUGGCCUCUCUACAGCGUCAUCUAACAAUGUGAACGAAGCAGCGUUUUGGGAAGGUUGGGAAAUAUGGCAACGCAAUCAAAGCCGCAGCUUCUUUCUCACCUGGCUUCAGUCCGGCCAUGGGGUCUUUCACAUUUCCGGCAAGGCAGGGUCCGGAAAGUCGACUAUGAUGAAAUUCCUAUCGCACCAUGACCGUGUUAGAGACAAGCUUCGGGCUUGGGCUGAUGGGAAGAAACUUGUUUUCUGUCAGUUUUUCUUUUGGAAAUCUGGCGACAAGGUUCAAAUGUCCCUGGAGGGGCUCUACCGAUCACUUUUAUUCGAGGUUCUGAAACAGUGCCCGGAACUCAUCCCACAAGUGUUUCCUGAUCCGUUGAGGGGCUCGGGGACCUUCACCGAUUUUGAUGGUCCUUCACUACGCUUUCCUGAGCUCGAAGCGGCCUUUAACGUCCUGAUUGAGACACAUUCUUUCCCAGAACAUCGGUUUUGCUUCUUCAUCGAUGGUCUAGAUGAAUAUGAGGGCGAUAGUCCUCAGCAUUGGGAACUUGCCCAGAAGAUUCAGCGAUGGGCAAGUUCGACCGAUGUCAAGUUCUGUGUAAGCAGUCGUCCUCAUACAGAGUUUAUGCAGACAUUUUCCGGGGAUGCAUCUCACAGAAUACGACUCCACGAGUUGACCCGUAGUGAUAUUCAUCGGUUCGCAACCGACAAAUUUGAGCAAGACACAAACUUCGAGUGGAUUCGUGAUAUAUAUGCGGAACUGGUCCGAGAAAUUGUAUCUGCUGCGGACGGUGUGUUCUUGUGGGCCAGACUCGUUGCGCGGUCUCUUCUCGAAGGUGCAGGACUUCAAUAUUCCCAUAAAGCGCUAAGAGAAAGAAUGGCAACAACGCCAAAAGAUCUGGAAAAACUGUUCGAGCAGCUUCUCGGAUCAGUGAAUCCAGCAGACCGCAAGGAGUCGGAUAAGCUGUUGCUUCUUGCCGGGUGUGGCUACCCUAUCUCGAACACCCUUUUCUGCCUCUGGCUGGAAGACCUGGACCGCCCCGGCUUUCCCUUCGAUUUGCCAUUCCAAGCAUACUGCGACACAGAAAUCAGAAAACAUCACGAAACAGCGCGUCGCCGCCUUCAAGGCUUGUCAAAAGGGCUGCUCGAGGUAGUCCCCAGUAGGACGUAUGGUCAGCCUUAUUUCGCCUAUUCUGUCCAAUUCUUUCACCGCAGCGUUCCAGAUUAUUUGGCCCAAAAUCGGAUACUGGACAAAAUACAAUCUCGAAUACCAAGCUUUAACCCAGUCGAAGACCAUUUUCGGUUACGGUUGGCGCAGUUUAAAUUUGUGAGGGCGACCCCAAGAUAUGAUCCAGAUACAUGCCUCCUAGCUGCAAAUUUCGAUUAUCUUCACGAGCUCACUUCUAUUCUCCGGGACUUGGGUCGCGCGGCAGACCGCGGCCAGAUCAGUCAGUCCACCGUUAUCCUGAUUGUUGCCGAACUGAAUAACGUGCUUGAAAGUUACAAGCGAUCUCAACGAGAGGAAGUUGUGGUCGAAACUGGCAUGCUGGUGCUGCCGAGGACUAGCACAUGGAUGUGGUGCUGCCAGGGGAAGGGUCAACCCUGGCUUCAAGUUUCCUAUCUCCAAUUAGUGGCAAUUUAUGGGCCCGUUUUCAAUCCAUAUGUGAAAGCCAGGAUUCAGACAAACGGCAGCCGGUUGCAACAUUUCAGUCGAUUCAAUUUACUCUUCCCUGCCAUGCAUAGAAAUCCGGAACUCGCGCGUUUCCUGCUGGAAGCUGGUGCAAAUCCAAACGACUCGGCGGAUGUUUUAAGCUUUAAGCUUAGUCCGCCCACUGUCGUAAGCAUGUGGAUGGUCUACCUCGCUAGACUGGUUUCAUGCACGCUUUACGGGUCUUUUGAUCCGGACUUCCACUUCCUCGAUCCGUUCUUGGUGUUGGAACAGUGCCUCACACACGGUGCGGACAAGGAUGUUUUUUUCUUGCUCUCAAGGAGUGAGCGACCUUUACAGGAUGGGGAUGAGGGUGCUCUGUUUUCCUUAACGCUACAGCAAUUCGUCGACUUCGUCGAACCGCCGAACCGGGAGGCCAUCCAAGCAUUACUCCGACGAAACAAGAACCAGAGUUUGUGGGGUCGAACGAUGCGAGCGCUUUCCGUAUUGCCUUCACCCAAGACUUCCUCGGCCGACCCGGGAAUCUACGAACCUGUUGAAACGGAAUCACUGCGUUGCCAAUGCUACUAUGUCGAGAGGGUCUGUCUGAAGGGUACACGGGUCGAUGCAUCGCCUUACGUGUUCGAUUUCUACCGAGAUCGAAGGGCAUUGUCAGCGUUCGCGAGUAUUGCCAGAUAUUUGAACAAGCCGAUGGCAGAGCGGCAGUCUGGGAUAUGCAGCUGAUUGUUGGUGCUCUUUCAAGUCUUUUGUUUCGGAGCAGGGCUGGCAGUUGCUCCCUACAGGUCUUCUAGCCGUCUUUUUUUAUACAAUAUAUAUGGGCAUUGGCUACCAUGACACAAAAAAAUGUAAGUCCGGCAUAGGACCCCGAGACUGUCCACUUUUCAGGUAAUGUUGCGCCACUUCCGGAUCUAGGUUCGUUCUGCUACGCAUGAUGGAGCGCCAUCUUCCCAUCUGGCGACUUUCUACAGGACGUGGGUCGCCGGAGAGGAAUAAAUUCCUUAGACAUCGAAGCGGCGUGCGUUACAAUACAGUAUGGGCUGAUGAGGUGAUGUCCUCUGACAAGGAGAGAAGUACAGUAUGAGUUCUAUAUUCUCCUCAUCUCUCAAUCUACACGAACGUGAUGAUGGGACUUAUCGAACACUGUGCCGCCGAAAGAUAUAGAUAAUACCAUAACCCGUUCGUCCAUCCCGUCCAUUUCAGCUCCCAUUCCGACAUUUCGUACUCUCUCGAUCACACUAUAAAUGAAGUCUCCCUGUCUCCGGGGGUAUAU